GCCCGUUAGUGUUUCCGGGUUUUUGCACGGAGCUCCGUCCGGUAAAUGAUGAUGUUUAAAUGGACGAACGGUCCUGGUCCUGGUGUGUGGUCCCGGUCCGGUCCUUGGAUGUGUGUAAAAUGUCCGGGUUCUUGGAUCUGAAAGAUCUUCUCCUGACAGGACAAACAACAAGAUCUGGAGAAGAAGAGGAGCUCCACCGACCAAGAAAAACUGGGCUGGAUGAUGAUGGGAUCCGAACAUCUGAGCUGAUCCACAUGACAGGUCUGGGUUCAGGAUCUUUAGGGGGACUUUCUGAUGGUUCAGGUCUUAGAGAGUUAAGGUUCCUGUGGUCCUCAGACCUGCUGCUGACUUCAGGGAUGACAUUAUAGCAUAAGUGCUAUAAAAAUAAAGUUAUUAUUAUUAUUACAGUAUACUGUUAGUCAUAGUGUAUAUAAUGUAAUUACAGUGGUUCUCAAGUGGUCUCACUCUGGGACCCACAUUUUCCCAUGGUCCUUCAGUCGCGACCCACUUUUAUAAAAUUCAAACCAAGAAAAUUAUUUUUUUAUAUAAAAAAACCUGUAAAGACUCAAAUCUUUGACAUAAACACUUGUUUUAUUGAGCAAAGUGCAUUUCAGAGCACAUGAACUGAGGAUGACAACUACUGACGUUGCUUAUACAGAAAAUGUCAAACUGCACAAAAUUGAGACUAUAAAAAAAGCAUGUAUUUUUACUGCAUUCAGGCCACAUUACUACGGCUAUGUUCACACUGCAGGUCAAUUCCUAUUUUUUAACCAUAUAUGACACAUAUCUGAUUUUUUCAUCUAAGUGUGAACAGUGCAAUUAUGAAUUUUUCAAAUCCGACCCAGGCCUCCUCUGUAUGUGAAUAAAAAUCAGAUAUGUAUCCGAUGUGACUGCAGUGUGGACGCUCAGGUCGUGUUCAUCCGAUCUAUACUUCAUCAAUAUGCGACAAACGUCACCAUUGUUCAACAACACAAACAGGCGCGGAAAGCAAUUUGUACUUUGAGCACAUGUGGGUCACUUCACGGACGACACACUCUGUUCACAUUAGAUGCCACAUUUGUUGUUGUAAUGUGAACGACCGCACAACAAGAUCUAACAUAUUUAACAAAAAUUAAGCAAAAAAAAAAACAAAGAAAAAAUUGUGCAUCAUAACAUGCAGUGUGAAUGUAGCCUAAGAAACCGAGGAAGACCACGACAUAACGCGUGCCUUUCAAAAUAAGCCAAUUUUCAAAAUAAAAGACAUGUCAAACAUCAGAUGCGCAUGAAAUAUUUACUUUUUUAACCAGCUGUCCGCAACCCACUUUUGGGACCCAACAGUUGAGAACCACUGUUGUAGUAUAUACUCUGUUUGAAACCUCUGCCUUAAAAGGACAGCAGAUUAAAAUGAACAUUUAUGCUGACUCUGCUAACUCUAUUUCUGCUGACUCAACAUAUCUACAUUGAUGAUUUUGCUGACGUGUAUUAAUGUGCUAAUGUUCAAACAAAUAAAUAAAAAAUAAAAAACAAAAAGAACUUUAUUGAUCCCUAAAAAGAAAAUCCAUGACUAUAUAUUUACUGAUAAACCAAAAAAGUCAUUCAGUUUUAGAACAGAGACUCUCAGAUUUAGAUCAAUUAGUGUUCACAGGCGAUGGGUUAUGAAGUGACUCUGAGUCCAUGCGGUGGUUUCCACUAUUGAGACAUCAUACUGCUGUCCUUCUGAGGUUGAUCUUCAGCAUCUUCUCCUCCAUCUCUGAGAGUUUGCUUGUCUGUUUUGUCACUGUCUCUCCUCCAGACGUUCAGCAGCUGUCUGGGGUUAAAGAAGAACCUCCUGAGCAACAGGAGUGGAGCUCGAGUCUGGACCAGCAGGACCCAGCAGAACCAGAACCCCCCCACAUUAAAGAGGAAGAGGAGGAAGUGUGGAGCAGUCAGGAGGGAGAGCAGCUUCAAGGACUGGAGGAGGCUGAUACCAGCAAGUUCUCCUUCACUCCUGUCUGUGUGAAGAGUGAAGACGAUGAAGAGGAACCUCAGUCCUCACAGCUUCAUCAGAGACCAAGGGACCAGAUGGAACCAGGAGCUGAUGGAGAGGACUGUGGAGGACCAAAGACCAAAGUCAGACAUGUUUGCUGUGAGAUCAGAGAACAUCAGUCAGUCAUGAGACCGGUGUUGGAUCAGGAUUCUGAACCAGGUCAAACACUUGAAGAGAAGUCGAGUCUGACCACACCUCCAAGAGUUCACACGGGAGAGAAACCCUUCAGAUGCAGCGUGUGUGGCAAAGACUUUGACCAAGAGUCGAACCUUGACACACACAUGAUCAUCCACACGGGAGGAAAAUCCUUCAGCUGCCCUGAAUGUGGCAGCAGAUAUAAGUACCAAGGACAUCUGGACGCACACAUGCAGGCUCACACAGGAGAGAAACCGCACAGCUGCUGCGACUGUGGCAAGAGACUUUCAACAAACGCAAAUCUGACUGUAUAUGGAAGAUCCCACACUGAGGAGAAACCCUACAGCUGCUAUGAAUGUGGUAAAAGUUUUAACCAAAAAGGAAGUCUGGCCAGGCAUAUGCUGGUUCACAGUGGGGAGAAACCCUUCAGCUGCUCCGUUUGUGGCCGAAGAUUCAACCGAAAAUGGCACCUGACCAGACACAUGCUGGUUCACAGGGCAGAGAAACCCUUCAGCUGCUCUGAGUGUAGUCUGAGGUUCAACACAGAGUCUGGGCUCACGCUUCACAUGAUAUUUCACAGAGGAGAGAAACCGUACAGCUGCACUGCAGGUGACAAAAGAGUAUCAGGACAGUCCCAGUCAAAACCACGCAAACUUGUUCAAGGUAGAGAGGGCUGCAGGGGACCAGAACCAGCCAGAAACCAAGAUCCAGGAUUAUAUUCCCACGCAGAGAUUGAGGUCAAGCUUGAAGACUCUUCUGAACCUGAGACUGAGGACAGUGAGGAAGGCUGGGGGGUUCACGAAGUUCACCAGAGUCCUGCAACAUUCGUCUCAAAUGGGAAACACGUUCUGAUAUCUGAGUCUGAAGAAACCUUUGACUACACACACCUCCUCAGAAACAAUCAGACAGAAGAAGAGGAGGAGGAGUUGCUGACUGGCUCACCGUAUCAAGACCAGGUAACAGGUGGUCUAUGCGACCACAUGACAGACCAGGACGACCCAGAACCAUUGAUUACAAAACAGGAACAGGAAGAAUUCUGGGUAAAUCGAGCUGAUAUCACCAAGUUCACAUUCUCUCCUGUCUCUGUGAAGAGGGAAGACUCUAGAGAGGAACCUCAGUCCUCACAGAUGGAACCAGGAGCUGAUGGAGAGGACUGUGGAGGACGAGAACCAGGCAGGGACUCAGAUCCAGGACCACAGACUGAGAUCAAGACCCAAGACUCUUCUGAAACUGAGGACAGCGUUGACAGCGAUUUUUGGAAGGAGACCACAGACCUGCAAUCAGACAUUCGCCCAGUAGGGGACCGUCGAGAUCCGAUCAGAGGAGAGAAACCUCACAGCUGCUCUGACUGUGGGAAAACCUUCAAAAACAAACAGAAUCUCUCCAUCCAUAUGACAAUUCACACAGGAGAGAAACCCUUCAGCUGCUCAGAGUGUGGGAAAAGAUUUAAUCGAAAAGGAAGUCUGACCAGACACAUGCUUUUGUACAGAGGAGAGAAACCCUUCAGCUGCUCCGUUUGCAGUAAAAGAUUUAAUAGAAAAUGGCAUCUGACCAGACACAUGUUAGUUCACAAGACGGAGAAACCCUUCAGCUGCUCUGAGUGCAGUGUAAGAUUCAGUAAAGAAUCUGGUCUGACACUUCACAUGACAUUCCACAGAGGAGAGAAACCGUACAGCUGCAGCGUUUGACUCUAAAGACAGUGAAGUGUUGGAGGUUGGCUUUAAGGCUCCUUCAAAAUAAAACUGAGGAGUGCAGAGAGACAGGAAGUGGAUCAGAUGGAGAAGAUUGUUAAGGACUAGACCAAACUGGAUCUUUCUGAUCUGCUGCCGGGAAGAUGAAGCUCCAGAGUGAAAGCUGAGAGGAAAGAAGGAAACAAAACACCUUGGUUAAAGCUGAAGUCAUCGAUCUGCAUACCUGAAAGAAAUUACAUCGCUGUUCCAAGUGUGGGAAAAGGGCCUGUCUUUGUUCUGCUCUAAUAUAUUUUAAAAUUUCCCACAUGAGGAUACAAAGAGGAGAGACAAUGUGAGUUCACCCCAGCGGUUGAUCCAGGCGGUUCAUUCAAACAAACAUCCAGAGCUUUUAUCCGCCAUCAUUCUGAUCAUUUCUGUCAUCCUGCCAGUGGGUUUUAAAAUUCUGUAAUACUGUCCCAUUCAAAAUAAAACCACAGUGUGGAUCAUCACAGGAUUUCACAGAUUUUAGAUGACUGUUAGAAGAACUUGAUCUCUCUGGAGUCUGGAGAAACCAUCCAGGCUCUGUAAGAGCCUCUACACCUGAACCAUCAGACCCCACUGACCCCUAAUCCCUCUAUAUCUAACUGGUUCUUCUCACCAGCUGCCUCGUACAGGUCCAUUUUUACUGGCCUGUUUUUGUGAAGACUUUUACUGACUCUCUGAAAAUCCUGUUGAACUCUCUGUCAGCUUUAGUGUCUCCCUUUUUCUGUGGUUCUGGAGAAGUUCAUCUUCAUCUCUUGGUUCUUGUUCAUGCUCAAAAUGACAUUAAAAACCUGUCACCUCCAUAUCUCUUAUUACUCUCUGAAUGAUAAUUUCUUCUCAGACUGAAUGAGUCCUUUAAAUGAUACUUGGUGAUGUUUGUUUGUGCUCAGCCGAGGCUCAACCUGCCAGCAGAGGGCAGCAGAGACUCAUGUUGGUGUUAAACUUGCUGCGAACAAACUCCAGGGUCAUGUGAUAAUGGUUAACCACCGAUGUGUUCAGGGGUCACAGUAUGAGGACAGUUCGAUCCGCACCAUGUGUAACGAUAAUUUGGGUUCGGCAUUUUGACUACGGCUGUUUGCUUCAUCUGAAAACCUGGUCUUUAAGGAGCCCAAGGUGUGAGUGAAUGAGGCAACAGACAAAUAGAGAGAGGUUUGGUGUUUUGUAUUCAGAUGAACGGUGAGUUCAAGUCCAGGAACUGUUGGGAAGCUAAAUCAUUUCACACAGGGACAAAAAAAAACAAAAAACAAACACCAUAAAUCCAAAAUUUGUUCCUGAGUGAUGCAGGAACUCCAACAGAUGGUUUUGUCCUACCACACUUUCUAGUUCGGGUCAGCCAUCUAGUGGAGUUGAUGGUUGAGAUGAGACAUCCUGACCUACAAAAACCAAAACAUAAAUAAAAUAAUUUUAACCAAAAGUCAUUUAGUCACUAUUUUUAAAGUAAACCAACAGAGAUUCAAUGUCUGUACAAACACACGAGCAUUACAUAUCACUAAAUAUUCAAUAUUCAAUCAAUCAAAAUCUUAUCAAUGAAUGCAUCAUAAAUAAAUACACACUAAACAGUAAUUAAAGUAAUUUCACCAACAAUAACCUAAAGGUUUCAGUAAAGUUAAUAAUAAUCAAUAAUUCAAGUCAAUAGAUAAUCAGUUAGUGCACUUCAAAUACUUUCAAAUCAAAUAGUUAUCAUUAAGACUCAAGCAGAGAUCGAUGACAUUGUGACAACCCCUCCGCUCCUCCUCUGCUUUCUCCCCUUGCAUGUGUCUGAUUCUGCUCUGUGUUGCAGCCUCAGGGAGAUGGUGGAGGGUGGAGCUGGGAGGGGCUGAGUUACCUGCCCAACAGGGCAGGGCCAGAAAGCAUAAAAGGCCUGGCUGAAAUGCUGUAGCUCUCUCUCACAGCAGGGCCUGCAUCUACCACACCAGCCACCACCAUUUUGGGUUUGUUCAUCUUACAACAUCCACCACACACAUGCUCACACAUCCAACACUUGCUGACACUACUGAUCUUAAUCCUGACGCCUCAUACUGAUUGAUGAUCAUUUUUGUUAAAUAAAAUAUCUUGGUUAAUGGUUAUUGUUGUGUGUUGCCUCCCUUCUUGUUAUCUGCCUUCAGCCAGGCAGUAACAACAUAAACAUAAAUCACGGCGCUACAACGGAGUUCAGAGGUAACCAAAUCUCAUUGCAGUUUAGCACGAGUCUAAGAAACGUCUUGAAUCUGCUCAAAAAUAAUAAUGUGACGGAAAAAAAUUAGCGACUUUAAAAAUUAACCUAUAAUCUUUAAUUCGGCUUUCUUCCUGUAACCAGAUUCAAUGUUUUAUUUUAGUUAUCUUUGGUUUUACUCUCUUCUCCAUUCACUGACCAACGGCAAACAUGACUGAAAACUCUACGAGGAUUUGAAUGAGGGAAGAGCGACUGAAACACAAGAACUUUAGCGACAUCAAAGUUUUAAUUAAAAUGGUAAAAAACUCACCAUAGUUCAAGUUUUAAUCCUCUGAUCAGAGCGUCUUCAGGUGAAACAGACGCUCAUGUUGACAUCAUCAAAAUGUUCACCUUCAACACAUUAGGUCCUUCCUGUUUUCUGUCAAAGUUUAGUUUCAAAGUUUUUUAAACGUGUCCCUCUUUUCUUUUUCUCUGCUCAGAGGAAUCGACACAGACAUGCAGGUAUUUAAGGAGAGUUUAUUAACAGUAAUAAUAAAAAAAAAAAACAACUUCAUCGAUGUCAUCAGCUCCAGGUACAUUUGUGAAAUAAUGAAGCUGAGGUGAAAUAACUGCAGUAGAAAUUAGCUUUUUGCUCACACAGUAGUGUUUUACAAUGUCUGGUUGGUUGGCCAUUACCAUUUUGUCGGUCUGUAUCUGUAAGUCCCACAGGAUCUUGGCUCGGUCAUUCUCCAUCACCUUGGGAGGUUCUUCCCAUUUUGACCUCGGGGUUUCCAGUCCAUAUUCUGCACAGAUGCUCAUGUACACUAUACCGCCUACUUGGUUAUGGCAUUCCAUGUAUUCUUUUCCUGCCAGCAUCUUACAUCCUGCUGUUAGGUGUUGGACUGUUUCAGGGCCUUCUUUGCACAGCCUGCACCUGGGACUUUACCUGGUAUGGUAGAUCUGGGCCUCUCUCUCUCUCCAUAUAUACUGGAGUAGUAGCAUUCCAACAGAGCCUUGUUCUCAACUUGUGUCCAUUGCCUUUGUUGUUCCAGUAGCCCAUCUGUUAUCACAAUGCCCUGGUUCCUCAGCAUGUGACGCAGACCUUGUUAACCCAGGCGAUGUCUGAGCUGGUUUGGCUUUCACUGGUAUUGCACUCAUGUUUAUGAGGUAGGCCAAAGCGCUAAAGGUCUUGCCUAAGGACCCACACUUUUAGGUGUAGUUCGCCCUUUACAGAUGUGUCGCAUGCGGAAUUCGUACCCCAACCG